UGUUUUCUCUUCUCUUGGUAUUCUCUAUAUAAUAUUCUACAUUGUGCGGAUAACAACGAGAGAGAGAGAGAUAUACUGAUGUGAAUUUAGUUUUAGUGUAAAACAUAAACACGUAACAUGAAACAUCGAUUCGUGUACAUUUUCGUUCUUGUCCUCGUAAUUAGCUCAGCUAUUGGCCGAGUGUAUUAUGUUGACAAUACGAACAGUAUUCCUGCAAAUGAACCCAUCAAUUUUGUUGACGAAAAUGUUGAACAAUCGUCACGCGAUUUAGAUUUAAGCUUUGCCGCUGGUGAUUUCAAUGAUGGUUUGGAAAAUUAUCGACCAGCUGUCAAAAAAGUUUAUGCUUACGGCGUUCCUGAAUUAAGGCAGUUUGUCGACAAUAGUAAGGACAUUGUAAGGCCCCCUGCUUACUACAGAAUAUCCGAAGUACCACCAACAAGAAAAUCGUCGGGAUGGGGUGAAAUGUUCUUCGUUCCUGAAAGGAAUCGGAAGCUCGUCAAACUCAACAAUGGCCAUAAGGGAGAAGUGCUUCUGGAGCUUCGUGUUACUGCCAACAACGACGGCGUCUGAUGUGUAUAGUGUAUAUAUAUACAUAUAUAUUCAUCUACUUCAAAGUAGUCUAUCUAAUAGCUUCGUUUUAUUUCUCGCCUGCUUCCAAUAUUGAUAUAAUAGCCGAGGACUCUAACCUUGUAUUAUUUUCACAUUUUUCUUCUUUUUUUUUUAUCACUAUUGUCCCAUUGUUUCAUUAACGAGCGCAUAUAACAAUUUCUUUAUACAAGAAAAAAUUUAAAUAAAGAAAUAAUAUAACAACGA